AUGGCUCUCGCACGCGCACGAGCGCUCAGAACAUUACAAUCCACGCUGAAGCCCUCGUCAUCUCGUUCUUUCGCUACACGACCAGCUGUCCCCCGAGCCUCCGUACAAUCCCGAACGAAGCAGGUGGUGCAGCGUCGUUAUGCGAGUGGAGGCGGCGCGCAUGGGGAAGAAAGCAGUGAUGUGCCUUGGGCCAUUGGAGCAGUGGUGGUAACUGUCCCGGCUUGCUGGUACCUAUGGCCGGAGAGCGGACACGCUGAUCACCACGGCGCUCACGGCGGGGAGCACGAGGAGCACGCAGAAGAGGGUGGUGAGGAAGAGGAGGGUAAGCAGGAGGAGGGAGGUGAGGAGCAGCAGGACGGCGGAGAAGAGAAGCAAGAAGAUGCCGGCGAAGAGAAGUCGGAGGGCGGUGAGGAGAAGCAAGACUCUUCGGAAAGCAAAGGCGACUCCUCAGACAGCAAGGAAGACGCCGACGGCCCUAAAGUAGCCGAGAACCCCGACGCCAAAUCCCCUGCCGGCGGCGAGCAGAGCGCAGACACCCCGCCUACCGAGGAGCAAGAGACCAGCCCAGGCGGCGGCGGCGGCAAGGAGGACGAAACCGUCGUCGAGCGCAAGUCCAACGAGCGCAAGAUCAAGAAGAAGCCCGACUCGGGCCAAGAAAUCGGCAAGACGGAGCAGUCAUUCAAGGAGAACCCGCAGGGCGGGCCUUCGAUGGAGAACCCCGCCACGGCCAAAGAGCCCGAAAAGGGCAAGUCAGGAGAAAUCACCGGCAAGCAGUUCGGCCUCUCCACCGGACCUACGAAGCAUUCGCUGCCGAUCGACUCGGACGCGAGUAAGUCGAAGAAGGGCGAGGGCACACCAGAAACGGCGAAGGCGCAGGGGACUGUGGACCCUAACCGGCCUGCGAGGUAA